AUGGACGUUGAGGCAGCGUUGCUGGAAAAUUCGCCGACACUGUCGACCAUCUCGUCAGAUUGCACCGACACCACGUAUUCGGGCCCUGACUCGCCCUAUUCCCCAGAAUCACCGAUCAUCGUCACGUCCUCGUACAAGAAGACAAAGGAUGACGAGGUCACGCCUAGACCGACACCCAGGCACCCAUUGCCGCCCAGGAAGCCCAACUUCCGGAUACGACCGCCAUACCUGAUGAUCUGCAUCAGCAUCGUAGAGAUAGCCGUACACUGCCUGGGGGAUGAAGCGACCUUGCGUAGGUGGUUGGUCUACGAUCCUCGUCAAAGGGUGCAGGGUUGGAGGUUUGCCUCGUACAUGCUGCUGCACUCGAACGCACUCCACCUUGCACUGAACGUGGUCAUCCAACUGGUGCUGGCCACUCCGCUCGAGGUGGAGCAGGGUCGAAUAGGGGUGGCAACGAUCUACCUAGGGGGUGGUGUUUGCGGAGCCCUUGGAGCAUCCCUGUUGCAACCAAGUUUGUUCCUGGUGGGUGCCUCCGCGGGCGUUUACGCCCUGCUUACCAGCCAUCUUGCGCAUCUUUACUUGUGUCACGGAGAGUUACGCUACGCCGGUUGGCGUCUAGGCGCAGUACUACUCUUAGCCAGCGCGGACGUGGCAUCGCUGCCAAUACCAGCUCUUCUAGGCUGCGGCCGCGUCGGAUGGGCUGCACACGUGGCCGGCGCCCUGGCAGGACCUCUUCUGGGUCUAGCAGUAUUCCCGAACCAAAGCAAGAAGGACGCCAGAGGCCGGAGAUUCGUCAGGUUCGUGCGUCUCCUAUCAGCGAUCAGCGUGAUGCUGCUAGUUGUCGGCGCUAUUCUGGGCAACAUCUACCUGAUCGCGCUGCCGCAGCUCAGGAAGCCAUCCUGA